UUCCUGUUGCUGCCCUGCCCCUCCAUCCUCAUGUAAAAUUCUGACUGUGAAUCUCUAAGAAAUCUUAUAAAGCUUUCAGAGGGGACAAAGUUCAGACAGAAGAACUCCUCAGCCACCGUAGAAUAAGCCACCAGCGAUCCACUGCCUGCCUUCCAGGGCCGGGACUGUUGUCUUACUGGGCUUUCUGUGACGUGGAUCCUCUUCACAACAAAGCAGGGAAUCAUGAGGCCCCCUCCCCAACCUUCAGCACCUUCCAGCCCAUGAACUUGACCUAGGGGAGAUGCCAGACUUGGGUUGGGGGAGCAAGCUCAGCAUACAGGCUCUGAAGGAGCAGAAGGUUCAGCUCAAGCCCAGGGCCGCCCACACUAUGACUUCUGCCUCAGCCCCAGCAGCUGCCUGGGUCCCGGGGAAGACUGACAAGGAGGAAGUGGUGUCUGGGAAAAGUGGCUUGUCAUUGCAAGCCGAGACCAGAGCAUGGGUCCAGAAGACCCAGGCCCACUGGCUCUUGCUCAGGACUGCCCCAGUUUGGUUCCAUGGCUUCAUUACCAGGAGGGAAGCUGAGAGGCUGCUACAGUCGCAGCCUCAAGGAUGCUAUCUGGUGCGCUUCAGCGAGAGCGCCGUGACCUUUGUGCUUUCCUACAGGAGCCGGACCUGCUGCCGUCACUUCCUCCUUGCCCAGCUAGGGGAUGGGCGUCACGUGGUGCUGGGCGAAGACAGUGCUCACGCGCAGCUUCAGGACCUGCUUCAACACUACACAGAGUGUCCCCUCAGUCCCUAUGGGGAGAUGCUCACCCAGCCCCUUGCCCGCCAGACUGCUGAGCCGACUGGACUUUCCCUGAGGACUGAGUCAGACUCCGGAAGCAAAAGACAGGAGGACGCAGCCAGCCAGCACAGCCUGCCCAUCCAACAGGGGCAGACCCAGGUCCCAGCACAAAAAGAGAAGGCAUGGGCCUCCCAACCCAAGGAGACUUCACCAGCACCCAGACCCAGGCCUCCCAUCCCUGCCAAGCCUCAGCUUCCAUCUGAAGUCUAUGCAAGUCCGGCUUCACGACCCCAUCGGGCUCUACCCAUUAACCCCAUCUACCAGGAGCCUGAUGAGCCUAUAGCCUUCUAUGCCAUGGGGCGGGGCAGCCCCGGAGAAGCCCCUAGUAAUGUCUAUGCUGAGGUAGAGGGGCCAUCGGGAACAGCUUCCACUGGGCACCCCAUCCUCCGGAAGUGCUGGUCCAGGCCCAUCUCAGGAGGCCAGGCAAAGGGAGUACAAGGGACAAAAAGCUCAAGGCCAGCAGAAAGAGGAAGCUCCUCCUGACCAGAGGGGCAAGGUGAAGGUCAGUGGACCGAAGCAGGGCCGAGCGAUCCGUGCUGCCAGAGACCUGACUCCAGGCUCUAUCUGCUCUCCUUGACAUUCACAAGCUCACCUCUGUGAAGCCCUACCUGCCCCUACUUCAGAGAAAAUUAAGGGAGACAGGGUUCCUUCAACCUUCCUCCUCCCAACCAGCCUCUUGUCUGUCAGGCCUUCCUCAGACACACGAGGUACUGACUCAGCUCUCCCAGAGAAGGGCACUUAGGAUCCCAGUUGUCACCGCCAGUGGACGCAGAGGAGGAGGCCUCUGCACUCACAGCCUCCCCAUGGAGAGUUUAGACACAUCUGAAUGUGGUAUCGCUUCCCUGUGACUCGGACUCGCUACCCUGUACCUCAGGUCCCUCAGACUUCCUCUCUGCUGGUACCAAAGACUCCUGCUCUGCCUUCACCUGCUGAACUCCCUGUGCCCUUGCCAGCUGCUGUCUUCUGGGUUCUGUCUCUGUCCAGACUUCCCCAUGUAGUCAGCAUUUUCUUUGGGCUGCCAACCAGCUCCCAACUAAAGACAUGGAGACUUGUUAUUAAUUAUGAACGUACAACCUUAGCUUAGGCUUGUCCCACUAGCUCU